AUGGCCCCGUCACCCUCCUCAGCUUCGGCUUCCGCCCCGUCCUCAUCGUCUUCUCCCCCUCCGCCGCCGAGGACUGCCUCUCCAGAAACGACGUCGUCUUCGCCAACCGCCCCCGCCUGCUCGCCGACAAGCACCUCGACUACAACUACACCUCUCUCAUCUGGUCCUCCCCCUCCGCCGCUGAGGACUGCCUCUCCAGAAAUGACGUCGUCUUCGCCAACCGCCCCCGUCUGCUCGUCGACAAGCACCUCGACUACAACUACACCUCUCUCGUCUGGUCCUCCUAUGGCGACCACUGGCGGAACCUCCGCAGGAUUUCCUCGAUCGAGAUCCUCUCCGGCCACAAGCUCCAGUCGCGUCACGAGAUCUGGGCCAAGAGCUCAGAUCCACGAUCAGGGCCCUGAAGCUCGGGCCCAUGGAUUCGCGCUCGACAUGAAGACCGCCUUCUUCGAGCUGACUAUGAACGUGGUAAUGAGGAUGAUCGCCGGGAAGAGAUACUACGGGGAGAACGUAGAGGACGCCGAAGAGGCGCGGCAGUUUAGGAAGAUCGCGAAGGAGUCGCUGAGGGUGUCGACGUCAAGCACGGGGGAUUUUCUGUCGGUGGUGCGGUGGCUGGGGUUGGGCAGCGGCGAGAAGAAGAUGAUUGAGUUGCAGGCAAAGAGGGACGGUUUUAUGCAGGGAUUGGUGGAAGAAGGGAGGAGAAGGUCCGUCGGCGGUGGGAAGUCCAAAACUAUGAUUGAGAUGUUGUUGGCGUUGCAGGAAUCGGAGCCCCAAUAUUAUAUAGAUGCUAUAAUUAGAAGCUUAAUGCUAGAGUGGAAAUCAAUCCCUCAAGCAUUUGGUGAACUCGAUUUAUGGGUUGAAGAAUCAAGCCGCUGCAACCUUGGAGGUGAAACUUUGGGAAAAAGAUCGAGAACAAAAUCGCCUGCUGAAAUCGUUGAAGAACAAAGACCCCCGCUGGGAAAAUCAGGCUUUUAA